AUGUGUGUAAUGUUUGACUGUGCGCUCAUUGCCCUCACUUGCGCCAUUUUGAAUUACGAAGAGAGUGACGAUCAAGAAGUAGAUGUCUUCGAGAGCUUUGAAGAUCUUCACGGACGAUUGGUACGAGAGGCACAAACACAAACAGUAGCCGAAAAUCCGAAGAUCCAGAUGGAAAAGAGUGUGCAGACCAUCUCGCCGGAGGAGCGAAGGGCGGCCAAAGUCAAAUUUCAUCCACGUCAAAGUGAUUGCUGA